GGCGUGUGUUAUCACUAAGAAACUAGUACACAUACACACACACACACACACACACACACACACACACACACAUACACACACACUUACACACACCGAUACACACAUUUUUACACAUACGCUGAGGAGUUUCUGCGCUGUUUUAAUCGGAUUUACAGUGACGGAUUUUGGUGAAACUUUAAUCUCGGUUCCUGUCAGGGUUUAAGCUCCACACGGAGUCUCUACAGUGUUAAUACAUCACAUCUAUACUCUGUUCUGCAUCAUGGCUCCCGGUUCAGAGAUCACCUACCUGGACCGUGUCCUUAUGGAGAUCAUGGGAACAGAACACACUUAUGUCCAAGAUCUGCACAGCAUUGUGGAGGGCUAUCUGGCUCACAUUAUAGACACUGCAGACCUCCCCAUCAUCCCUGAACAGGUGUGUGCUCUGUUUGGGAACAUUGAGGACAUCUACGAGUUCAAUAGUGAACUGUUACAGGAGUUGGAGUUGUGUAAAAAUGACCCGGUGGCCAUCGCUAGGUGUUUUGUACUAAAGCGUGAUUAUUUUGAGAUCUACACGCAAUACUGCACCAACUACCCAAAUUCGGUUGCCGCAUUAACAGAAUGUAUGAGAAAUAAAACACUGCUGAAGUUUUUCAUGGACAGACAGGAAGCUCUGAAACACCCACUUCCUCUUGGCUCAUACCUUCUCAAACCUGUACAGAGGAUACUGAAAUAUCAUCUGCUCUUACAGGAGAUAGCAAAGCACUUUGACCCUGAUGAAGAUGGUUAUGAUGUGGUGGAGGAGGCCAUUAGCACCAUGACUGAAGUAGCCUGGUACAUAAACACCAUGAAGAGAAAACAUGAACAUGCUGUUCGUCUUCAGGAAGUGCAGUCGUUACUAAUUAACUGGAGGGGUCCUGACUUAACUACAUAUGGUGAACUUGUUCUGGAGGGAACCUUCCGCUUUCACCACACAAAAAACAACAGAACCCUCUUCCUGUUUGAGCGGGUGUUGCUCAUCACCAAACGACGUGGAGAGAACUUCAUCUACAAAACACACAUCUCUUGUUCGACGCUGAUGCUUAUGGAGGGAGCAAAAGAACCGCUGUGUUUCAGUGUCACACACUACAAGCACCCCAAACAACCCCACAUAGUGCAGGCCAGAACAAUGGAGGAGAAGAAACUUUGGACUCACCACAUUAAACGGCUCAUUUUAGAGAAUCAUCACACCAUCAUUCCACAGAAGGCUAAAGAGGUCAUUUUAGAAAUGGACCCAAUGUAUCAGAAGUGCAAGUUUAACUCUGAGAGGAAAAAGAAAACGCAGUCUGAUGAUUUCACACACACUCGACAAACAGAAUUAUACAAACAGAUGAAAAACAACAAAACGAUGCUUAAGCAUUCAGUCAGUGAAGGAGAACUGCGAGAAAACCGUAUCACACUGAGCUCCACCUCAGGCAAGUCACAGGCUCUGGGUGUGGAGGACAGUCAGCUGUGUCACACUGAGGAUGCUACACCUAGUGAGCUUCAGGAUAAAGAAGAGAAGGGAAGUGAAUCAGAUGAAGUGAUAAUGAAGGAUUUUAGCAACUCCAUGAUUUCCUUUUGGAGUUUCAGAGCUAAAGCCCUGCUGCAGCUCAACAUGGAUAAAGAGUGGCACGGACAUGGAGACCCCCGAGUGUCACAGCUGGAGGAGACACAGAUGUGUGAGGAUCCAAACAGGAACAAGACUUCACAGAGCAGAUCCCAGGUCCAGAACAACAUAGCAGAGCUUGGAUAUGAAAAGGGACUGCAGUCCAUGUCUGAUUGUGAUCUAGCCCAGAUCAGACACCAUGUUUAUCACAUGAGCACUGUGGAGGGAUCUGACCAAUACAAGAUAAAAGAAGAAAUUGUGCUGAAUCAGGAUGGACAGUCUUCUGAAGACGAAGUGGAGGAGGACUGUGCAGAAAGUGAGAAUCACUCCAUCCUUCCACCGUCUGUUCUCGAUAAAGCCGGUGUCAUUGCUGAACAUUUUAUUGCUAACACUCGCCGCAGUAGUGCAGCACCAGAUGAGCUUCGGUCUCCUCACCGAAUUCAGCAGGAAGUAACAUCAAGCAAAAAUGAGGCUGUAAAUUCUGCCCUCCUGUCCCCAAGAGAGGAGAUGGUGUCUGGAUCAGAUCGACAUGUUUGUAGAAGGAGAGAUUCCACUCUGUCUAAACAGGAACAGCUGCUGAUUGAUAAGGUCAGGCACUACUAUGACAAUGCUGAAGAGAAUGAUGCAGGUUUCAGCCUAAAGCGAAGAGAGAGUCUGACAUACAUCCCGAGUGGGUUAGUGCGCACUUCUGUCAGCCACUUUAACAAAAUCCCUCACACUGAACAGAUUAAACCUCCAAACACUGAAACAUCGUUAUUGACUUCAUCAUCUGCAAGUUCUGACAUCAUCACAAAACCUGAUAAACACAGAGAUCUGCUCAGCACAGAGGUCGAUGGCUCUAUGAGUCUCAAAUCAGAAGAGGAAUUUUUCCGUUCAUCAGCUGAAAUGAUUAAGGUUUGGCAGAAAAUGGAGAAAGAGAUCACAAGCUCUCCGAGAGAAAAUAAGUCCAGAGAUAUUUCACGAUUCAGAGAAACGUGUUCACUUUCCCAAAGUUUCAGUACAAACAGAGAAGGUCAAGUUCGAGAGCAACUGAGUACUGCUGAAGAUCUCAGCACUAUUACAGAAGAAUCACCAGUCAAGGGUAAAGAAGAUGAAAAGGACAAGCAGACAAGAGAUGUACGUGUCUUCAGCCUGACAGAGAAGUUCAACCAGCACUCACAGAGCAGAGCGAUGAUUAAUCAGACCAGGAAACAGACCUCAGAGACGACCAUAUAUAAAGAUCAUCCAAUAAAUAUACCGUCGAAAACAGACGAAGAGACCAAAAAAAGCCUCAAAGGAAAACCAAACCUGGCACUGUCACUGACAGCAUGUGUUCAGACAACACAAGACGUACGACCUACGCAUUCAUCCUCCUCCAGUAAUGUGACAGUUUUAUCACCAGAACCUUCACACUUGAAAAGCCCCGUGCCAGUCGAGGGAUUUCCUUGGCCCAAUGUAAGCAAGCUGCGUUCUAUAUACACUUCUCUGGAGUGCGCUUCUCUCACACCAUCCACUUCUGGUGCAAACUCACUCACUCCAGGCUGCAGACUAGACAGCAAAACAUCUCGCAUUCAGCGCUCUGGGUCUCUGGAUCAGAAAUUGGUUGGCUUUGGCUGGACUAAUCUACAGAACAUGAAGGGGAAUAGUGAUUACUGCAUCUCAGCACAGACAACAUUACCCAACAACAGGACCAUUUCUGUGCUGGAGAAAUCCAACACAAACCCCAGCCAGUUACAAAAUGGUGUCCAAAGCAGAUCGGGAACCAGAAUCAAGGAAAAUAAUACUGAUAAACACAGUAAUGCCACACAGCAGGGUGUCGUCAGAAACAUCUGUGAAAAAUUUCUUAAUCUUAGUUAAGUGAACUGUAAACUAUAUAUAUAUAUAUAUAUAUAUAUAUAUAUAUAUAUAUAUAUAUAUAUAUAUAUAUAUAUAUAUAUAUAUUUACUGUAGUGUGCUCUGUGUAGGGAAGAUGAAGAUGUUUGGGAUACGGCCCUCACAAUUACUUACCACACAAUAACAUAAUCUAGAGCAGAGACACAUAAUAAAUGUAUGUAAUACGUGUCACUGCAUGGUCAAGCCUCUGAAACAUCUGCAGAUCAUUUGGUUCGGCUUCACACUGAAACUGUACUGAAUCAAUGGCAAUUUUCUCUUCUAAAAAUUCAUCUUCAGUUCUAUCUGAAAAACUAGUGUGCAGGCUUUCAUUUAAGGAGGCAGACUUCAUAGGUGACUAGAGACCCAGACGAGGUUUUACACAGUCAGGUGCAACUCCUGCUUAAUCCACUGGGCUAAAGUUUGACUAUCCCUUAUUAAAAAGGUCUUUAGUAAUUUGGUGUUGUGGAGGUGGAGAGCAUUGUCUUACACAUCACUCGGUGUUCAGUUGGGCUGAGAUGUGAUUUAUGUCUUUUUUUUUUUUUUAAUCAAACCAAUCAUUGAGCCUUUGUUCCCUGUGGAUGGUAACUGAGUAUUCCUGUAAGAGACUAUCUGCAGAGAAAUGUUUCAAAUGUAAUGAAUGGAAACCAUUAUUUUAACCGUAGGAGUGAUUUGAGAGGAGUAAAUACAUGCGACUGGUCAGUUGUAAACAAAAUUGUGACUUAAGUCUGAUUAGAUUCUCAUUUCUCUUUUUAAUUAUUAAUUUAAUUUUUCAAAAAGUAAAUGCGGACUGAAAUGGAUUAAAAACAUUAACAUUAACCUCUGAUUAAUGUAAUGUACUUACUGUAACAUGAGAGUUAAGAUCUUUUUAGGUUUUUAGUAUAAAAUAUAUAAGGCAUAUUUUUAAAUUUAAAUGUUCAUUUGGUUUUUAUUUAUAUGAUUUUGCAACUUAUUUAACACUAAACUUUAUUAUCCUGUAUAAAAAUCAAUGUAAAUGUGUCGUGGAAUUUUCACCAAACAUCUGAUUGUAAUUUAUAGUAAAGAUUCCUUUACAGCA